GAGGAGACGUCAGACUCAAGCCCCUCACUCUCCUGGAAACCAUCCCAGAACCUCCACCCUCUGACACCAUGGUCAACUCCUGUUGUGGCUCCGUCUGCUCUGAGCAGGGCUGUGGCCAGGAGACUUGUUGCCGCCCCAGCUGCUGCCAGACCACCUGCUGCAGGACCACCUGCUGUCGCCCCAGCUGCUGUGGCUCCAGCUGCUGCCAGCCUUGCUGCCGCCCCAGCUGCUGCCAGACCACCUGCUGCAGGACCACCUGCUGUCGCCCCAGCUGCUGUGGCUCCAGCUGCUGCCAGCCUUGCUGCCGCCCCACCUGCUGCCAGACCACCUGCUGCAGGACCACUUGCUGCCGCCCCAGCUGCUGUGGUUCCAGCUGCUGUGGUUCCAGCUGCUGCCGCCCCAGCUGCUGCAUCUCUAGCUGCUGCCGCCCCUGCUGUGGGGGUUCCAGCUGCUGUGGCUCCAGCUGCUGCCAGCCUUGCUGCCGCCCCACCUGCUGCCAGACCACCUGCUGCCGCCCCACCUGCUGUGUGUCCAGCUGCUGCCGCCCCUGCUGUGGGGGCUCCAGCGGCUGUGGCUCGAAUUGCUGUGGCUCCAGCUGCUGCCAGCCUUGCUGCCGCCCCACCUGCUGCCAGACCACCUGCUGCCGGACCACCUGCUGCCGCCCCACCUGCUGUGUGUCCAGCUGCUGCCGCCCCAGCUGUUGCUAGACCCCCUGCCACCACCCACCCACCUGCUCUAGUGGCUCUUGCUGCUGCUGAGUGCCCUGACCUGCACCCUGCUGUUUUCAUCAGCCAAUCUCCUUCAU